GUUGAAGAACAGUUUAUGAGACAGUUGGAUCUCAGAUGUUGUUCGUGUUGGAACAACAGUUUCAAACAGUUGUUUUUUUUUUCUUAACAAAUUUAAUUUGAAAGAUGAAUUUAUCAGAAGGAGAUGAAAUGCUGUUGUUGCGAGACACUUUCAAGGAGACAAUUUUCACGGAAACGGAUUUGCAAGUGAUUACCGGGAUUUUUCUCAUUGUUGGCGUCGUGUUGAAUGUCACGCUGAUUUUCUUGUCUGUGAAUCGCGUCGGAGAAGGUGUUACCUCGAAUUUCGUCACUCUUGCUUUCCUCGACAUCCUGAAUCUCAUGUUACUGCUUCCGGAAAUCCUCUAUGUGAACCAUCGCAAUUGGAAAUUUUCUGAAAAACUUUGCACUGUGUAUCUUGGAGUCGAAUGCAUUAUCAAUAUAUCCAUCUUGUACGUCACAAUAAUGACAAAUCUUCAAGUGAUAGCGUCGAUCAACGUGCAUCAACUCGUAAAAAGUGAUUCAUUCGACGAUGGCGAUGAACUUGAUGAACAUGGAUAUCAAAUACUCGGCAAUUAUGAAGCAACUUCAACUGAAAAGCCCGUUUACUAUCCGAAAAGGAGCUCUUUUACAGUAUUUUUCGUGCUUGUGAUGAUUCUCGCUGUAUCAGUUGCCUUUCCAUUCUUCCUGUACGCCCAAAAAGAUCCUUUAGCGGGCAUGGAUUCGUCAAUUUGCGUGAUGCGAGGCUUGAAUGAUCCAAUAUUCAAUACUGUUAUUGCUGUUUUAGUCAUUUUUGUGAGGAUUUUGUUGCCGACAAUGCUUUUGAUAUGCACAACUUUCACACUUUUUGUGAAAUAUCAACGAAUAGAAGACGAAAUUUUGGAAAAUCCAAUUAAAAUUGCCCUCACACUCUCAAUUAUCGUCGUUAUUUGCUCAUUACAGCGCACUUUUGGGUCGUUACUCUUCGAAAUUUACAGUGCAAAACAAAUAACUUCGACGGGCAUUAAUAAGCCAUUCACGCAAUUCAAGUAUCCACAUGUCGAGAACAAUUUUAUUGCAAUUUCGUUAACAUUAACGCAUUAUUUGUCUUCAUUAGUGAGGCCAUUUGCGGUUUUAAUGAUUCAGUAUUGUUGUUGUUGUCGUCGUAGAAAAGUAAAAACCGUUAAUUGUAAUAGUAGUAAUGAGUUAUGAGACCUAAUAAAACUCAGACAGACACAAAAAAUGCCUUUUAUCAUACCUGAUAAGACAAUUUUUCAUAUCAACGUGAUAAGAAAUGAUAUAAUUUCAGCAAAAUAUUUCAGUUUGGCACAAUUUGCACAACAAUGCCGUCGGUUGAAGCUCUUUCAAAUGAAGUUACUGAAGAAAAUCUUGCAAAGAAUGCUUUAUUUACAACAAAAUUUAAUCCUCCAUUGAAAUCGGGACACAUGAUUUUACUGAAAGCAUCAAUUUCAGGAGAUUCUGGAAAUUUUUCAAUACAAUUGUGUGACAAUUUUUACCUAAAAUUCAAUUUUGAUGAGAAAAAAUUAGUUUAUGAUGGAAAAGUUCAAUGCUUUCAAGAAGGUACAAAUGACUUUCCUCUCACAUUGAACGAAGAAUUUAAACUCGCAAUUGGAAUUUGUGACAAAAAUGUGUUAAUUGCAGUUAAUGGCGAACGUUUUCUUCAAAUAACUCCUCUCAAUGAAGAUCAAUUUUUCGUAUUUCAUAAUCUCUCUAUAAAAACUUCACCCGAGCUUCAUACAAAAGUGUCAAAAAUUGAAAAAUAUCAACUUGACGAAGAGGAUUGGAGGAUUUUUGAAACUUAUUCAAACAAAGAUUGUUCUUGUACUCGUUAAUGACUUCAAUUUCAGCGGAUUUAAUUAAAAACCCAAAUCCUCAUAAAUCCAUCAUCGGUCAUCAUAACAGCAAAAAAAAAUGUUGAUAUAGGUCUAACAAAAUUUUGCUCGGAACAUGUGAGAAGGCAUGAAAAUUAAUACGAAAAUUGCUCCCCAGACACUCCAUUCCGGUUAUCAUCAUGAAUUUAUUAACCAGCCUACUACGUUGAAUUUCUUUCUCCCCAACAUUUCACAAACGCAGACGAGCGACGUACAUUAGCAGAGAGGAGCAACAAAUUUAUCAUCAUCAAACCUAUUGUUUUCUCAGUAGCUGCCAAGCCAACCAACACACACAUAAUUUAUUCAUGUUCGUUGAAGGAAAUUUAUCUUCAAGUCAGUCAGGAUGUAUUUGCUGUUCAAAAACUCCCGAAUUUUUUUUUUGUCUGUUUUUCAUUUCCAACCGCAUUUGAAUUUUGCAACAAGGCUUAUUUUCCAUCAUGAUCAUUACGAGACGAGACAACGAAGCAACAAAUUAGCGUGGCUAUGUUCGGUUCAUGAGAGAAAAGGCGUUUACAAACAAAUUGUUGGUCUGUCCCGUAUUUAGUGGUAAAUGAUAAAUAAAUUAAAAUGAAUUUGCGGAAUUUGUUAUUCAAAGUAAUCAAUCUCG